GCAUCUCUAGACAGUCGGAGACGCGCCAGAAUGGAGGUCCUGAGGGAGAAAGUGGAGGAGGAAGAGGCAGCUGAACGAGAGGAGGCAGCUGAGCGGGCGGAGAGGGGCGAGAAGAUAAUGAGGCCACCGGAGGUCCGGAAGGAGGGCACCAUCAUGACGCAGGAGAUGCUCAGAGACCUGGAGAAAAGGCUGUCGGAGAUUGAGGUCACCGUCCCUGAAAGAGGCUCGAUCAUUACCGAGGACACUAUCGACACCUCCAAGCUGCCCCUUUCCUACCAAAGCAACACGCUCAAGGAGGAACACCUGCUGCAGGUGGCAGACAACUUUUCCCUCCAGUACAGCCACCUGUGCCCGGACCGCGUGCCCCUCUUCCUGCGCCCACUGAACGAAUGCCAAGUGCCCAAGUUCGUGAGCACAACCAUCCGGCCCACGCUGAUGCCCUACCCCGAGCUCUACAACUGGGAUAGCUGCGCCCAGUUUGUUGCAGACUUCCUCUCCAUGGUGCCCUUGUCUGACCCCCUCAAGCCGCCCUCGCACCUGUACUCCCCGACCACGGUGAUCAAGUACCAGAAGGGCAACUGCUUCGACUUCAGCACGCUGCUCUGCUCCAUGCUCAUCGGCUCCGGCUACGACGCUUACUGCGUCAACGGCUACGGCUCCCAGGACCUGUGCCACAUGGACCUGACUCGGGAGGUGUGCCCGCUCACCGUGAAGCCCAAAAAGAUAGUCCAGGAGAAGGAAAUGGCACCACCUAAGAAGUACUCAGUCAAACCCCCCAGGGACCUGAGCAGCAGGUUUGAGCAGGAGCAGGAGAUGAAGAAACAGGAGGAGAUCAAAGCUGAGAAGGAGAGGCGGCUGAGGGAGGAGGAGGCACGCCGCCAGGAGGCGGAGAAUGCCAACACCGACCCUCUGCAUGGCUUGCGGGUACACUCCUGGGUGCUGGUGUUGUCGGGGAAACGUGAGGUGCCUGAGAGCUUUUUCAUUGACCCGUUCACGGCGCGCAGCUACAGCACCCAGGACGACCACUUCCUGGGCAUCGAGAGCCUCUGGAACCACAAGAACUACUGGGUCAACACGCAGGACUGUUGGAACUGCUGCAAGGACUUGGUCUUUGACCUGGGAGACCCUUUGAGGUGGGAGUACCUGCUCUUGGGGACCGAUAAGCCUCACCUGUCCUUGACUGAAGAAGAUGACAAUGACCUGAUCGAUGACGAUGACGUGGAAAAUCUGGACAAGGAGGAAGAGGACAGGAGCUUUGACAUGCCACACUCGUGGGUGGAGCAGAUUGACAUCUCCCCAGAAGCAUUUGAGACCCGCUGCCCAAACGGGAUGAAGGUGAUACAGUACAAGCAGGCCAAGCUGGAGAAGUGGACCCCGUACCUCAACAGGAACGGCCUCGUGUGCCGCCUCAGCACCUACGAGGACUUGGAGUGUACCAAGACUUUGGAGAUAAAGGAGUGGUACCAGAACCGGGAGGACAUGUUAGAGCUGAAGCACAUAAACAAGAUCACAGGCCUGAUCAUCGAUUACUUCAAGCCAGGCCAUCCCCACGCUCUGCGUGUGCACUCAUACACAUCCAUGCAACCUGAGAUGGACCGAGUCAUGGAGUUUUACGAAAAGGCCCGUGUGGAUGGCCUGAUAAAGCGGGAGGAGACGCCCCAGACGAUGACGGAGUACUAUCAAGGACGGGCCGACUUCCUCUCCUACCGCCAUGUCAAUUUCGGGCCCAGGAUCAAGAAGUUGGUUAUGAACAGCGCAGAGUCAAACCCCCGGCCCAUGGUGAAAAUCACAGAGCGGUUCUUCCGCAACCCUGCAAAGCCUGCAGAUGAGGACGUGGCGGAGCGCGCAUUUUUGAUCUUGGAGGAGCGCUUCCAGUUGCGCUACCACUGCCGCGAGGACUACAUCACUGCCUCCAAGCGCGAGUUCCUGCAGCGCAUGGAGGUGGACAGCAAAGGCAAUAAAAUCAUCAUGACCCCAGACAUGUGCGUCAGCUUUGAGGUGGAGCCCAUGGAGUACACCAAGAAGCUUCUCUACCAGUAUGAGACCAUGAUGCAGCUGAAGAAUGAGGAGAAGGUGUCCAGACAUCAAGCCUGGGAGUCAGAGCUGGAGGUGUUGGAAAUCCUGAAGCUUCGAGAGGAAGAGGAGGAGGCGCACACACUGACCAUCUCCAUCUACGACACCAAACGCAACGAGAAAAGCAAGGAGUACCGGGAGGCCAUGGAGCGUGUGAUGCAGGAGGAGCACUUGCGGCAGGUGGAGGCCCAGCUGGACUACCUUGCCCCGUUCCUGGCACAGCUCCCGCCAGGAGAGAAGCUGACACGUGGGCAGGCCUUGCGCCUCAAGGACGAGUGCCUCAGUGACUUCAAGCAGCGGCUCAUCGACAAGGCCAACAUUAUCCAGGCCCGUUUUGAGAAGGAAACCCAGGAGCUGCAGAAGCAGCAGCAGUGGUACCAGGAAAACCAGGUGACGCUGACGGCCGAGGAUGAGGACUUGUACCUGAGUUACUGCUCUCAGGCCAUGUUCCGCAUCCGCAUCCUGGAACAGCGGCUCAAUCGACACAAGGAGCUGGCUCCACUGAAGUACUUGGCUCUGGAGGAGAAGCUCCACAAGGACCCACGCCUGGUGGAGUUCCUCAAAAUCUUUGUUUGAUGCCCAUCCUGCACCUCUGGCCGUUUGAUGCCUCUCCUGGGGCCUCUGCCUAAGCCACCAGAGAAAGACACCUCCCUGCACCCAGCUAAUGACCUGACCUUACUGCCACAGCCCUGCCCUGCCGCCCCGUAUGUUCCUGCUUCUCAUGCUUUCCCUGCAAAUAAACACUUUUAAUUUGC